UCUCCUUGCUAAUUUCUCAAUUAUGGCUGCCAUUUAGGCAUUUUUCUCAAGCCUACUGUCCCGGUUCAUCUUUUGCAUUUCCCCAAUUCCAAGGCUAUCCCUCUACAAAAACCCGUUUUAAUCUUUCCUUUCUAUGGAACAGUAUCCGCCUCUACUCUUCUCCUUCUGCCUCUGCACUUCAGUACUGAGCAAAGGCUGCUACUUUUGGUUUACUAUGCUGUAAAGACGCCUACUUGCAGAAGGAGAAAGUGGAGCACGAAGGAGAGUACUGCCUCCUGUUUCUUCUCUUGAAAUUUCCGUAUUUUCUAUUAGCGAUGGGCAUAAGCUAUGAAUAUGCAUCUUCAAUCCUCCUAUGUGCUGAGGAAAACAGCAGCAUCUUGGGCUUAGAUGAGGAGGAAGAAGAGAUUGAGAGACAUUGGUCCGAUUUGUCUCUUCAGCAAAAAAGCUGCGACCUUUAUGGGAGUUUCUUCAUGGCCUUUCCCCUGGAAUCAAAUGAGUAUUUGUGCUUGUUGAUGGAGAGAGAGGCAGAGCAUAUGCCAAGGCAAGACUACGCCGAGAGAUUGACGAGUGGCGGUUUGGAUAUCAUCAGAACACAUGCCAUUGAUUGGAUUCUAAAGGUUCAUGCCUAUUACAAUUUUGGACAUUUGAGUGCUUACCUUUCUGUAAAUUAUCUGGAUAGAUUCCUGUCAUUCUAUGAGCUCCCUAAAGGAAAAACUUGGAUAACUCAAUUAUUAUCAGUCUCAUGCUUGUCUUUGGCUGCCAAAAUGGAGGAGGAGGUGGUCCCUCUAUUGCUUGAUCUGCAGGUGGUGGAGGCCAAGUUUGUUUUUGAGGCUAAGACUAUACAGAGAAUGGAACUUCUUCUGUUAAGCACCCUGAAAUGGAGGAUGCAGGCUGUGACACCUUUCUCCUUUAUGGAAUGCUUCUUUCGAAAGCUGAAUGGUGGUAAUUUGCCGUCCAGUCAAUCAAUCUCUCGAGCAGUGGAGCUCAUCCUUAAAACCAUCAGAGGGAUUGCCUUCCUAUCAUUCAAGCCAUCGGAAAUUGCUGCAGCCACCACACUAUCGGUGAAGGGUGAAGCCAGUGCUCUAGAAGUUAAAGAGGCCAUCACUCAUUUCAGCGAAAUAGAUAAGAUGAGAGUGUUAAGAUGUUAUGAAGCGAUGCAGGAGGAGAUAAUGAUGACUUGUGCAGAAUAUACAGAUAAUAAGAAUUGGAUUCCACCGGUUACAUAUAUGCCACAAAGCCCAAAUGGCGUUCUGGAUGCUGCAUGCUUGAGCUACAAGAGUGAUGAAAUGAUUUCUGGGUCACGGCCAAGUUCUCACCACUUCCCCACAGCAGAGAAAAGAAGAAAAAUUAGCAGGGCUUCUAUUUCAUGAAGGGGAGGAAGUUCCCCUUUCUGUUUCUAUAUUCAUAACAGAAAUGAUGACAGAAAUGAUGAAAAAAAUGGAAGGGAAAGAAUUAUGGAGGUGGAGAUCUGUUGCCCAUGAUUUGCAACUUGAAGGGGUUGCACACACCUGCAGUUAAGCAGGCAUAUUUUGACUAAUAGGAAGGGAAGACAAUAGAACGCUUAAGUGGAUCAAUUAAAGUGAAAGUGGAUUAGAGCAAAUUAGUUCACAUAAAUAAAAUUGAGUUUAAUUUUGUUUUUUGUGCGUAUUUGCUUAGGGAGCAAAGAUUUUAUUUAUUAGAAAAUGAAAAUGAGAAGAGAGAGGCCGAUGUGGGUGUGCUAGGGAGAUGGUAUUGUUCUAUUGUAAUGAGUAUUUGUUGUUGCUGUUUUCGAUAUUCUGUAUAAAGUCUUAAUGAAAAUUUUUCCAUAGAACUAAAGGAGCGCA